AUGUCGGCUGACCCGAAAGGACUCCCCGAUACCGACGAGGGAGGACGCGACAGUCUACCGAUCUAUAGACCAGAUGGGCGAUCCCUAGGUGUCUCGUUUUCCAACGUCACGGCCGUCGGGGCGAGCGGCUCUUCGCAAACAGUUACCGACCUCCUCAAGAUCUUCACGGACAUUCUGACAUGGCCUGUCAACACCGGUCGCAAGUUGAUGAAAGACUCUCCUCAGAAAUCGUCAUCGAUCAUCCAGGAUGUCACCGGUGUUCUCUUCCCUGGCGAGACAAUGUUGGUUCUGGGCCGUCCCGGGGCAGGCUGCUCGACGGUCCUGCGGGUUCUUGCCAACCAACACCAAUCCUUCCAAGAAGUGCAGGGCUCGAUUCAGUAUGCUGGUCUCUCUUCGGCUGAGAUGGGAAAAAGAUAUCGUUCUGAAGCUGUCUACUGCGCCGAAGACGACAUACAUCUACCUAUGCUGCCGGUAAAAGACACCCUGGACUUUGCCUUGCGCCUUCGCAAACCCGAGGCCCAACCCGAAUCUUCGUCGCAAUUCUCGAAGUGGAUGACUGGCCGCAUACUGGAAUCGCUGGGGCUGUCUCAUACAUACGAUACCAGAGUCGGUGACGCCUUUGUUCGUGGUGUUUCUGGCGGGGAGAGGAAGCGAAUCUCUCUGGCUGAGGUGCUUGCUGUCAACCCUGCCCUCGCAUGCUGGGACAAUCCCAUCCGAGGACUCGACAGCUCCUCCGCACUGAGCUUCCUGGAGCUUCUGAGGGACAUGUCAAGGCGCACUGGGAUGUCCAAUGUGGCGACGCUCUACCAAGUAUCGGAAGCAAUGUAUCAAUAUUUCGACCGUGUCGUCGUCAUGUAUGAAGGGCAGAUGAUCUUCUGUGGCCCUGCCAGUCGGGCAAAGGAAUACUUCUUGGAGCUUGGAUUCCAUUGUCCAGAAAGGCAAACUACGGCCGACUUCCUCACGGCAAUCACGUCUCCCGCGGAACGGAAAUUCCAGAAAACAUUCAAUGGUCCUCGUUACGACACAGCCGAAUCCCUCGCCCAAGUCUUUCGCAGCAGUAAUGACUACCGUCUUUUGCAGAAGGACAUGAUCAGGUACCAGGAAAACAUCGCCUCGGACGCGUCUUAUACCAGCAAUUUCCAGUCGGAAGUGGAAGGGAUGCGUUCCAAGCUCAGUCCGAAGUCAGCCACUGAACCAUCCUCGCUCGGUACCCAAACUCUCACGGCGUUGCGCAGACAAUAUCAACUAACUUGGAGAGAUCGAACGACCUUGAUCACUGUCUUCAUUCUAACAGCUGUGAACGCUGUGAUCACCUCGUCGGCUUACUACAUGGCGCCCAAAACAGCCACGGGCUCAUUCGAACGAAGCGGUGCGCUUUUCUUUGCCUUGGUCUACUUCAAUCUCAACGCCCUCACCGAGGUCCCGAAAACAAUUAGGUCACGCGCUAUCCUUCUGAAGCAGCACCGGAUGGGAUAUGCACACCCAGUUGCCCUGGUCAUCGCCGGAGCACUCGCUGAGAUACCGGUUGCUUUUCUCCAGGCACUCGUCUUCUCAUGUUGCUACUACUUCACCAUCGGGCUGGACAAGACAGCUUCAAGUUUCUGGAUAUUUGUGCUCAUCGUUUUCACUCACCUUACAUGCAUCUCGUGCCUGUUUCGCAUGCUUGGAGCCUGGGCACCGAAUCUCAACACUGGGUUCUUGAUGGGCGGAUGCGCUGUGCCGGUUACCUGUCUCUAUUCAGGAUACGCGCCCCCUGUCCCGACAAUGCACCGCUGGGGUUCAUGGAUCCGACGAAUCUCGCCGACGCCGUACGGUGUAGAGUCAUUGAUGGGCAACGAGUUCGCAGGUAUCAUGCUCCAUUGCACGCCUGGCCAGCUCAUUCCACACGGAUCAGGCUACAACGACAUCCAAUACCAGGGAUGCCCCAUGGCAGGAGCGGUGAAAGGAUCAGCCGACGUAUCGGGGGAAACUUACCUCACUAACCAGUAUGGAUUCAAUGUCAAGUUCCUUUGGCGGGACUUUGGCAUUAUCCUAGUUAUGUGGUUCCUUUACGUGGUCCUGACAGCUCUUGGCCUCAGCAUCAUGACACGUGAAACAAGCACGUCGAAUGCGCGCGCCUACAGACGGGGGGCCAACCCGAGCGGUUUCUUUUCGGAAAAGACAGACGUGGAGGGUCAGAGUCAGCAGCCAGCGGCGCCAUCAGCCUCCGGAAGCUCCAUCCGGACGACCGUGGAAGAGACGGCAAACCAACGUACUGUUUCGCAUUCCAACCAACGUACUUUCUCCUUCCACAACGUCAACUACUUCGUUCACUCCGCCGGACAGGAGCUCCACCUGCUCAACAAUGUCACGGGAUACGUCAAGCCAGGCCAACUGACUGCUCUUAUGGGAGGUUCCGGGGCUGGAAAAACGACACUGUUGGAAACGAUCUCUGGCCGCAAGACCGAAGGAAGAACGGAAGGGACCCUCCUUUUCGACGGAAAACCACUUGACCAAGGCUUUUCGCGUGCGUGUGGAUUCUGCAUGCAGCAGGAUGUCCACGAGCCGUUGGCCACUGUGCGAGAGGCACUGCAAUUCUCGGCAUUCUUGCGACAGUCCGCGGAGACAUCUCACGACGAGAAGGUGCAGGACGUGGAGAAGAUUAUGGAAUUGCUCGAGUUGGAUCCCAUUGCGGACGCAAUUGUCGGCUCGCUGGGUGUUGAGGAAAGGAAGCGUGUCACAAUCGGAGUUGAACUCUGUGCUCGUCCAUCGGCGCUUUUGUUCCUGGAUGAGCCCACCUCCGGUCUAGACAGCCAGGCUGCUUUCUCAAUCGUCGCAUUCCUCCGUAAAAUCGCUGCCCAGGGCAUUCCGAUUGUUUGUACGAUUCACCAACCGUCAAGUGUCAUCUUCGAGAUGUUCGAUCACACCUUGAUCCUGGCUCCCGGUGGCCGCACCGUCUACUUUGGCGAGACCGGAGAGCCGCUCAAUGGUUAUUUCGCUCACCGCGGAGCCGUCAUGGGCCAGCAGGAUAACCCAGCCGAAUUCGUCAUCACAACGGUGGCCGCAUCACACAACGACGAGAACGGCGCAGACUGGCCGCGCCGCUGGCAGGAGUCCGAGCAAUCUAGCGAAGUGAACGAUCGUGUGAUGUCGAUAGCAGAAAAGGCCUCUCCGGACUUUGAAUCAGACACUGCCCCGGCAAAGCAAUACGCGCUCCCGCUGAGGGCCCAGAUCUUCCAUUUGACGAAGCGGCAGUGGAAGUCAGUCUGGCGAAACGGACCAUACAACUUCAGCAAGCUGUUCAAAAGCGUCUUCUUCGAACUACUGGUCGCAUUCACUUUCUUCAAAGCCGGUCCUGACGUUCCCGGAUUGCAAAACCACGCUCUGGCCUUGCUGAUCGCGACAUGGGUGGUUCCGACAAUCGCCAAUGAUAUCCAGGAAAUCUGGUUCGAGAAGUGGUCUAUCUUCGAGGCUAGGGAGCGCAAUGGUAUUUACGACUACAAGGCGCUGUUGGUAGCAAUGAUCGCCGUCGAGACACCCUGGCAGGCAUUCAACUUCAGUCUGAUUUUCCUCUGCAGCUAUUGGACAGUUGGAUUCCCUGGCAGCAGCGCCGCGACCGGCAUGAUCUACUUCAUGUACCUCCUAUUUUCCGUGUUCGCUACUGGAUUCUGUUACCUGAUGGCCUCGAUGUUUCCGAACAGCACGAUGGCCGGCUACGCCAAUUCGCUCUUCUGGGUGAUUUUUAUGAUGUUCGGCGGCAUCGUUGUUCCCCGCGACGCGCUGAACGAUUUCUAUCGCCCAUGGAUCACCUGGGUCGACCCGAUGCGGUACUACUUCGGUCCGAUGGUCUCUUCCAGCUUACACGGUGUACGUGCGGCGUGUAGCGAUUCCGACUUGGCUGUCUUCGACCCUCCUCCCGGUAAGAGCUGUGGUGAGUACGUCGAAGCGUACAGCAGUUCAAACGCAGGGUACUUGCACAAUCCGAAUGCCACUGCGUCGUGUGCAUACUGCCCCUACUCCGUCGGUGACGAUUACGCGAGCACGAUGGAAUUCUUCUACAACGAGCGUUGGAGGGACUGGGCGGUGUUCUUGGGCUUUUGUCUGACCAACGUCGUGCUUGUUUUCUUUAUUUCGUGGUUGACUCGGGUGCAGAUUCAGCGUUGGAGACGUUGAACGGGUGUAGCGUUUUUGAACAGAACUGAUGAAUUGGUGACUAGAAUAGGAGGGAUUGUAGACAUGUGGUGGUUUGGAUACAG